GGCGCACUGCAAGGCUGCUUCUCAGGCAUUCAGGCUGCGGCUGCAGGCACCGCGAGCCCGGAGCACCCACGAGCUGAGUGUGCAGGACGCACCCCAGCACAGCCACCUACGGCCGCUGAAUGAAGCUUCCAGGAGUCCGCCCCCGGCCGGCUGCGCCCCGUCGGAGGUGCACCCGCUGAGAGCGCCUGGGCACCGAAAGCCGGUGCGCUCACCUGCUAACCUGCCAGCCAUGGGGCCACACGGGAACGACAGCGACUUCUUGCUGGCACCCAACGGAAGCCGAGCGCCAGACCACGACGUCACUCAGGAACGGGACGAAGCGUGGGUUGUGGGCAUGGCCAUCCUCAUGUCGGUUAUCGUCCUGGCCAUCGUGUUUGGCAACGUGCUGGUCAUCACAGCCAUUGCCAAGUUCGAGCGACUACAAACCGUCACCAACUACUUCAUAAUCUCCUUGGCGUGUGCUGAUCUAGUCAUGGGCCUAGCGGUGGUGCCGUUUGGGGCCAGUCACAUCCUUAUGAAAAUGUGGAAUUUUGGCAACUUCUGGUGCGAGUUCUGGACUUCCAUUGAUGUGUUGUGCGUCACAGCCAGCAUCGAGACCCUGUGCGUGAUUGCAGUGGAUCGCUAUGUUGCUAUCACAUCGCCCUUCAAGUACCAGAGCCUGCUGACCAAGAAUAAGGCCCGAGUGGUCAUCCUGAUGGUAUGGAUUGUAUCUGGCCUUACCUCCUUUUUGCCUAUCCAGAUGCACUGGUACCGUGCCACCCACAAGAAAGCUAUCGAUUGUUACACCGAGGAGACUUGCUGUGACUUCUUCACGAACCAGGCCUACGCCAUCGCGUCCUCGAUUGUGUCUUUCUACGUGCCCCUGGUGGUGAUGGUCUUUGUCUAUUCCCGGGUCUUCCAGGUGGCCAAAAGGCAGCUGCAGAAGAUAGACAAAUCUGAAGGAAGAUUCCACGCCCAAAACCUCAGCCAGGUGGAGCAGGAUGGGCGGAGCGGCCACGGACUCCGAAGGUCCUCCAAGUUCUGCUUGAAAGAGCACAAAGCCCUCAAGACUUUAGGCAUCAUCAUGGGCACAUUCACCCUCUGCUGGCUGCCCUUCUUCAUUGUCAAUAUCGUGCACGUUAUCAGGGACAACCUCAUCCCUAAGGAAGUUUACAUCCUCCUUAACUGGUUGGGCUACGUCAACUCUGCCUUCAAUCCUCUUAUCUACUGUCGGAGUCCAGAUUUCAGGAUUGCCUUUCAAGAGCUUCUGUGCCUUCGCAGGUCUUCUUCGAAAACCUAUGGGAACGGCUACUCUAGCAAUAGCAACGGCAGAACGGACUACACAGGGGAGCCAAACACUUGUCAGCUGGGGCAGGAGAGAGAACAGGAACUGCUGUGUGAGGAUCCCCCAGGCAUGGAAGGCUUUGUGAACUGUCAAGGUACUGUGCCUAGCCUUAGCGUUGACUCCCAAGGAAGGAACUGUAGUACAAAUGACUCGCCACUGUAAUACAGGCUUUCUACUCUCUAAGACCCCUCCUUGACAGGACACUAACCAGACUAUUUAACUUGAGUGUAAUAACUUUAGAAUAAAAUUGUAUAGAGAUUUGCAGAAGGGGAGGCACAUCCUUCUGCCUUUUUUUAAAUUUUAUUUUAUUUUUUAAGCUGCAAACAAGAGAGAGAAACUGUAUUUGAGUGCUUAUUGUUUUCUUGUAUAGUUCAGUUCCUCUUUGUAUGGAACUUAAAGGUUUCUGUCUGAAGAGUGUUGGUUCUGGAGGACUGAGUCUGUCUGUCUGUCUGUCUGGAUGAUGUUUUCAUGUAUCUACCUCACUGGUCAAGUAUUAAGAAUGAUAUAUAUUGCUGCUGGAAAUCCAUAUCUAAAGGAGAGAGUUUUCUUCCUGUACCCUUGGACUUGAAAUAUCCUGUGUCUUGGACCUUUCUGCUGUGACAAUGGGCCCUUUCUCUCUCACUCCACUUAUUUACUCAAAUGGAGUGUUGCAGGCAGGGAUUUGAGGGACAACAUCAGUUGUUUUGUUUUUGUUUUUGUUUUUGUUUUUUUGUUUGUUUGGUUCGUUUUUGGUUUGUUGUUGUUUUUUGGGGUUUUGUUUUUGUUUUUGUUUUUUUGGGUUUUUUUUUUUUUUUUGCUGAGAAAAGUCUAAAGUUUACAGUAAAUAAAUUGUUUAACCAUGACUUCAUUGCACCCGUUUCUUCAAAACCUCUUGACUCUGGAGUGUCCUUGUCUCUCCCACUGGAAACCACAGGUAAACUAUGUGUCGUGACCGAUGAGUGGCUU